AUGAGCACACCUUUGGAAUCUGCAACUCUACCCAGUGCCAGUGCUAAUGCUUCUGGAAAUGAAACUGAUCGCGUGGCGCUGCUGGAAUUGAAGAAAAGAAUCACUCAAGAUCCUCUCCAUGUCGUGGGCUCAUGGAAUGAUUCCAUUCGUUUCUGCAGUUGGGUUGGCGUUAAGUGCAACAAUUCCACCAAAAGAGUUGUGAUUUUGAACCUGAGUUUUCAAAAUCUGGUGGGAUCCUUACCACCUUCUAUUGGAAAUCUUACUCACCUUACUGAAAUCAACCUGAUGAACAACAACUUCAGUGGUGAAAUUCCUCAAGAAAUGGGUCGUCUACGAAGCCUGCAAUAUCUCAAGCUGUCUUCCAAUUCCUUCAGCGGGAAAAUUCCAACUAACAUAUCGCACUAUAUCCACCUAAGGGUGCUGGAUCUUCGAAUCAAUGCGAUUACUGGGUCGAUUCCCGACAACCUCAGAUCAUUGAUGAGUUUAAAUCACCUAGAACUUUUUCGCAACAAUCUCACUGGAACCAUCCCAAAUUGGAUUGGAAAUUUUUCAUCUCUAAAAGGCCUUCUUCUGGCUCGCAACAAUUUUCAUGGGAGCAUACCCAGUGAGCUCGGGCGUCUAACAAGCUUGGAGGUGUUCUCGCUAGCAGCGAAUAAUCUGUAUGGUAUUAUUCCUUCUUCAAUCUAUAAUAUUUCUUCCAUAAAGAAUUUUAGUGUUGCUGCCAACCAUCUCCAUGGAGAGCUACCACGAAAUCUCGGCAUUAAUCUUCCUAAUCUCGAAAAUUUUUACUGUGGCGGCAACAAAUUCACAGGAACUGUUCCCGCAUCGUUGUUAAAUUCUUCUAGAAUUCAGAUCCUUGAUUUUCCUUCUAAUGGUUUCACGGGGACACUCCCUGCUGAAAAUCUUGGAACCUUGCGAAGCUUAGUUAGCCUAAGCUUUGCUGAGAAUAGUUUGGGAAACAGGAAAACUGACGAUUUGAAUUUCCUCAGCUUCUUGGCCAAUUGUACUAGCCUAAAGAUGUUGGAUAUUUCUA